AUGCGUGGUGCCGAGGCUGCUAACGUCCAUGGGUCGGAACAUAUCCUCGUUCGUACAUGUUUGAAAGGUCACCUCUCAUCCGCGCCCAAAAUGCCACGUGCUGGACGCUUCGAUGUUGCAAAAACCUGGCAACCUAGCACUAUCGAGUCCUUGAACGGAGAAAUCCGGUUCUGUUUUACGACCCGGGCCGACACAGUAUACAGUAACCAGUGGUCAUCACUGAAAACAUCAGUCUAUGGGACAGGUGAGAAAAUUCCUGGAUAUACCCAGCGACACCGCAGUGACUGGAUCAGCGGAAUAACCUUGCGGCUGGCCGCUCAGACGGCUCGAUCCUGGUCCCGUAGUGAUGAUUCAUUCCGCCAACUUCGGAAGAUGACGGCGAAGUCGGCUAGGGCUGACCCGAGAAAAUAUUGGAUUGAAAUAGCGACCUCCAUUGAACUGGCCUCGAACGUUGGUGACACUCGAAAACUCUACCACCUUAUGCGCCAAAUUAGUGGUAAACCCUCUGGACUGAGUAACUCGGUUGGAGACGUGAAUGGCAGCUUUACUGCCGACAACUCGGCCAAGAUCGAGCGGUGGCGUGAGCGCUUCGAGCAAUACCACAACUUCGAUACCCAAUCUACCUCGCACCUGCUCUCGUUCACAGCAGAGUUUCUUCCCUCUCUUACCUAUGCAGUGUCAUGCGAUCCACAUUCCAAGGGAGAAGGCGCCGAUGCCAUACGAAAGUUGCGCAACAAUAAGGCACCCGCUGAAAUCUUCAGGUCUUGUGUCGACACUCUGGCGCCCUGGCUCCAUGAGGUGAUUGAACGAGUGUGGAAAGACGAGGUUGUUCCUGACGACUGGGGCUUAGGCAUCCUCGUACCUAUCCUCAAGAAGGGAGAUAAGACGAGAUGCAAGAACUACCGCGGCAUAAGUCUCAUCGACGUUGCUGCGAAGAUCUUCGCUAUUGUCCUACUCAGGCGAUUCCAGGCUGUGCGGGACUCAAGGACGAGGCCUAACCAAGCCGGAUUUCGUGCUGGACGUGGAUGCGCAGACCAGAUAUUCACACUGAGGCGCAUUCUCGAAUUUCGCCAUAGCUACCAGCAAACGACGGCCGUCUGCUUCAUUGACUUUGCCGCCGCGUUCGAUUCCGUUCACCGUGAGUCCCUGUGGCGGAUAAUGGCGCUAGAUGGCGUACUGGCAAAAAUAAUCGUCAUGAUCAAGGCCUAUUAUCGCUCCACUACUGCGAGAGUCCUGGCCCGCAACAAUCUUUCCCAACCGUUCGGUAUUCGGUCUGGCGUUCGACAGGGUUGUAUCCUGUCACCCAUACUGUUCAACUACGCUAUUGACUGGAUCCGCAGUAGGGCUCUACGCGAGGGUGACGGCGUUGAGUUUGACCUCGGACAUCGACUGACUGAUCUCGACUAUGCCGAUGACAUCGCCUUACUUACUUCAAGUUUUGGUGAUCUGCAGUCUAUGGUGUCACGGGUGAAGGAGGUCGUUAAAUCGGUCGGUUUGUCCAUAAACGCUGGGAAGACCAAAGUGUUCUUAAGCUGCAUCCCUGACCAGGAGAAGGCACCCCUCGGGAUUGAUGGCUGUCAACUUGAAGUAGACAGUUUUAAAUACCUUGGGGCGAGGCUGCUGCCCAAUGGACAGAGUAAGGACGACACUGUCUCCCGAAUCGAUGCUGCCCAUUGGGUUUUUUCAAGCCAUCGAAAAUGCAUGUGGAACCGACGUGACCUCUCCAUCGCCACUAAAAUUGUGUGUACUGUGCAUCUGUCCGGUCUGUCCUUCUCUACGGUUGUGAAUGCUGGGCUUUGUGCGUGGAGGACGAACGAAAACGGGAGGUAUUUGGCCACCACUGCUUUAAGAUGA